AUACUAGAAUGAAAUAAUAGAAAAAGGGAUAUGAACGGAACAAAAUAGACUUCCAAGAUAAAUAAAGAAAGAUGGAAGGCCAUCAUCGGAGAACUGUUAUAAGGUCGAAUAGUUAUAUGAGCGGACCUAUAGAGACAAGAUCUCCUGAAUAUUUAAGGUCUAACCUUGCACACUCACAAUACCGCCUGAACAGGUCAACUUCCUUCCUACACAAUAUUUCUGCAUCUAGAGACUUUCAUAAUCCCUCCGCCGCCUCUAGAGAUUUAAACCAUCUCUCCGCCUCCAGAGAUGCACACAACCUCUCCGCCUCCAGAGAUGCACACAACCUCUCCGCCUCCAGAGAUGCACACAAUCUCUCCGCCUCCAGUGAUUUACACAAUUCUUCUACGGCCGAUAUACCACAGAAUUCAACUCUCAGGUUAAGCACUAAACUGGCUCCAGAUGAAGCCAGAACAUUCUUUAAUGGCGAGGAGGAUUUCUCCACAUCGACUCCAAACCCUGAACAAAUGAUUGGUGAUACAAAUACAGGUUCCCAACUGGAGAAUGAAUAUGAAGGUCGUCAUACUUUACCGAGAGAAAAUGGAGGUCAUCAUGAUUUACGACAAAAUGGAGGCUAUAAUACCUUUAGUAAAAAUGAAAUAUCUAAUGGAGGUAACAAUUUGAGUAGAACUGGAGUGUCUAAUGGAUAUAAGGGUACAGGAAUGAAUGGAGGCCGAGGUGUAAAUGGAGGUUUGAUAAAGAGAGAGCUCCCUGAACCUCCAAAUCUGCCUCCACCGGACUAUAAUGAAACAAUGGCAGCUAGAAGUAAGGGUACGUUUGGGCGUUCUGUGACAAGACAUGAGUCUGCUAGAGUACCAAUGGUAUCUGUUGGAAUACAUGCUGAUACUAGAGAUGCAAGAUCUGACACAGAUGUUCCAGUUUUUAAAAAUAGAGACUUUUCCACAAUUCCUGGAGAAGUUGUUUUUAAUACAAACGAGCAAAAAACGGCUACCGUUGGACGUGUUCCAAGAGUGAACAGAAUGUCGUCUUUUUAUGGAGAUUUAAAUUCUUCAAGUGCAACGCUAGAGAGGAGUUUUGCUACAUCUGGGGAAGCAUUGGAGAAUACUAAAGGGUCAGUUCGUCUCUCAACAGUAUACAGGGUUGGCAGUCUUCUGCUCAGUGAAGGGGUGUACGGUACAACAAACAAGGCGGUUGUGGAUAUGGGAGGAUCUACUCCAAAUCUUACAGAGUCAAAUACUUUUGUGCCGCCUCUGGAGAAAAAAUCAAAAAGUGGAAUCAUCUUUGGAAGUUCCACUCAAGAAUAUAGUGGAGGAGGUAUGAGAAACUGGUUGUCAGGAUGGGGCUCCGGGCAUCCGAAAGGAACUGUCCCUGGGUCCCUGGGGCCUGUGGGUCCAGGUUUGGGACCGGGAGGGGGUCUCCUGGACCCUAGAAUAGAUGAUAAACAGUCAACACUCUCUAGAUACUGGACAAUGGACAGAUCUUUGCAGCGAAAACUAGGAAAGACAAAUUUUCAGCACAUCAAACGUUUAUGUAGAGAUAGAGGACAACUUUUUGAAGAUCAGGAUUUCCCUCCGACAAACAAAGCUAUUUAUAGUCACAAGAAACCUCAUCUUCAUCCAAUAGUCUGGAUGAGACCACAUGAGAUCUGCCAGAGACCUAAGUUUAUAGCUGAGGGAGCAACUAGGUUUGAUGUUGAACAAGGAGAACUAGGAGAUCCAUGGUUACUGGCUGCUGUUAGCUCCCUUACACUUACUCCCAGGUUUCUGGAUAGAGUAGUGCCUCCAGAUCAAAACUUUGAACAAGGGUACUGUGGGGUAUUUAGAUUUAGAUUUUGGCACUUUGGAGACUGGGUAGAAGUUCUAGUAGAUGAUAGAUUGCCAACGCAUAAGGGUCGUCUUGUCUUCCUCCACUCAACAGAUCCAGCAGAGUUCUGGGCAGCUCUUCUAGAGAAAGCUUAUGCUAAGUUGUAUGGUUGCUAUGAGGCUCUGCAUGGAGGAUUUACAACUAAAGCUCUUCAAGAUCUUACCGGGGGUAUAGUGCAAUCCUUUUCCCUUACAAGUCAAGAUAGACUACUUACUUACCAGGUUUUAAACAGUGCUGUACCUAGGUCUACUCUUCUAAUAGCUAGUAUAAAUAUGGAUAAAACUGACACUAAAAGGCAAACUAGGUUAAGAAAUGGAUUGGUUACCAGACAUGCAUAUAGUGUAACUGGUCUAGCUAGGGUUAGGGGUCAACUUGGGGAUACACAUCUAGUCAGAUUGCGGAAUCCCUGGGGUCGAGGGGAGUGGAAUGGUCCAUGGUCAGAAAGAAGCUGGGAGUGGGACUCCCUCUCAGAGAGAGACAAGGAACUGUUGUCUGUACGUGUACGCAAUGAGGGAGAAUUCUGGAUGUCGUUUGAUGAUUUUGCUAAACAGUUCUCCCAUCUAGAUCUGGUUCAUAUAGGUCCUGACGACUGGAUGAGUGAACCUGCCCUGCACAGCAAGAAACCCUGGCGUGCUGUACUGGCAAGACGUCGCUGGAGGUCUGGUUACAAUGCCGGGGGAGGUCCAGGAUACAUAGAAACAACUGCCAUGAAUCCUCAGUUCCAUAUUCAGAUCCCUAGAACAGGAACAGCUAAAUGCCACGUUGUUGUUUCAGUGACCCAGCAGUACGAAACUAACACACUAAACAACAAGAAGCGAAGAACUCUUCAUCAUAUAGGAUUUGCUGUCUACGAGGUUCCCAGUACAAUGACAAGAUUAACUCCACAAUAUGUUAUAGAACAUAAACCUCUUGAUGUCACCAAUCAUAGUGUAGCAAGGGAGGUGGUUACCUUCUUUACACUUCCACCUGGGGAGUACAUUGUCAUGCCACAGACGAAUGUACCGAACUGUGAUGGAAAGUUUCUUCUGCGAAUACUCACAGAUGAGCAGAGUAAUAUCUGGGAGGUUAAUGAGGACAAUCAGCUUAUCAGAAAUGUCUUGGUUGAAUUUGAGGACAGCCUGAAAUAUACGGAUAGCCGUAUAAUCUUGAACCGCCUUGUCUCAAAAUAUCCUCCUGAUAUUGAUGCCACCAUUCUUCUCAAGAUUCUCAAAGGACACUGGAAGGCGUAUCUGAUAGAGAAACCAAGCCUAGAGCUUUGCCGGCACCUGGUCAUGCUCCGGGACUAUAAUAUUUCAGGACGGAUAAAUUUGAUGGAGAUUCCUGUCCUACUGCAUAUGCUUCAUUUCUGGAAGGCCGCCUUUCUAAAAUUUGAUCGUCAUCAUUCUGGUAAAACCUCCAGCUUUAACCUGAGGUUAAUAUUAUGGGAGGCUGGACUCAGUGUUUCAAACAAGGUUCUUGAAUGUCUAGUUCUCAGGUUUGCUAAAAACCGAUUUGUAUCUUCCGAAUCCUACGUAACUGUUAUGAUUCGUCUUCAUCUGGCACACGAACGGUUCCAUAGUAUUGACACCAAGAUGAAAGGGAAUCCACUUUCUCUUGAGGAAAUGAUUUUGAUGACUAUUUACUCCUAAAAAAAGCUUCGAUGAAUUUGUGAUCAAUUUUUGUUAUAUCAACUCUAAUCAACUUGUUAUCAACUUGUGAUUAAUUUAUUAUUAAUUUGUUGCAUAAAUUGUCAACUCAACUUGUUAUAUACUUUAGAUCUACAUAAGAUUACAUGUGAUCAACUUGUGAUUUAAUGAAUUAAUGAUCAACUUACUAUCAAAAGUGGAUCAGCUUGUGCAAACAACUUAAUUAUUUAGGAGCAACUUUUGAAAAACAAAUUAAAUCAAUUUCUUGUUAAACUUCUGGUCUUUGUUUGAUAGAGAAAAAAAAGUUUUCCUGGUAAAAAGUAUUAAGAACAUAAUCUUUUAAAUUUUGUCUCUUUUUACUGAGGAAACGUCUCUGAAUGUAAAUUUGUAAACACGAUUUUCAAAGUUAUUUUUCUUUCUCUUUCUAAUUGUCUUCUCUAAGCUUUUGAUAAGAUGGUUUUCAUAAUUUUUAACGAAACCAAUGUCUAAAAAUUUGUAAAAUAAAUUUGAUGCUAAGUCUAAUUAAUGCCCCAAAGAAUUAUAUAAGUCUCUUCUAGUGUGUGAAGAUAAAAUAU